AUGACGACCCGCCAGUCGGUCAAAGUGGGCGGGCACGUGGGCGUGCUCACAGGCCGCCGCAACCGCCAGGACACCAUGUUGUCAAUCCGGAAAGCCAAGAAGGAGGACGCGUACGCCAUGCGUCGCAACCUCAAGGCCAACCACCCACCGGCUACUGCACAGACUGCGAGUCGCAAGGAGCUGUUACUAAAUUUAGCCUCGCGGUCACAAUCUUUGCUUCUCGGUAUCGAGCAUUCUGAUGCCCUAACGAGACAAAAAGCCAUGCGGGCAUUUGUUUAUUUGCUGUCCAGUGGGGUACCACCGCUCUUUAAUAAGAGCGACUCGCAGCAUGAAGGGCUGUGGCACACGAUUUUGGCUGCUUUGCCCUCUUUUGUAGCCAUUUUGAACGAAGAGCUGGUGGAUGCCAAUGCCGUGCAGCUACACUCGGACGCAGCUUUCGCCCUGCGGUUUAUCUCGUCCAUGGACAAGGCCAGUGCUGUAAUCACAUCAGGGGCUGUGCCCAAGCUCGUGCAGCUUUUUCAAUCUGGUAUUUCCGAGCUGCAGAUUCAAGCGGCCUGGUGUCUUGGCAAUAUUGCAUCAGCUUCGGCUGAGUGUUGCAAGGAGAUUGUCAAGUCUUGUCCGCCGACUAUUGUGCUACCGCACAUUCGAAUGGCGACUCCUGCACUUCGGCGCGCUGCCGUGUGGCUGCUGCGUAGUCUUGUAGAGUUUCCAGAUGUUUUGGACCAGAGUGACAUGAUGGGUCCAAGUACGAAACGAGAGAUGAUGGAUGUACUGUCGAGUAUCAUUCGCCAGCUCUCGAAUGAAAAGGUGAGCAACUUUGCCUCGUCGAGUGGUCAAGAGAAUGAAGCGAACAAAGUGAAGCAAGCAGUGACAGUGGCUCCAUGGCGGAUCUUUGAGAUCAACACGGGAAAGCCAGCUCCCAACGAUCUUGCCGUCGUGCGGUGUGUGCGCGAAGUGGAUGAAUUGACCAUCGAAGUCAUGGAUGUUGACGUGAACUACGAGACUGGCGAGAAUAUGGUGUUCGAGGCAAAGAAGGCCGACAUGCGGCCUCUGCAAGUCAUGGACGAUGUAAUCGGCGAAGAUGAAGACGAGGACGACGAGACGGACCUUUUGGAUGAACAAAUACUUACACUCUGCGACAGCUGCUGGGCACUAGUCGAAAUGACGCUGCACGACAGUGACGUUGUCAGCGGGCUUGUCAACUCAGGGUUGUGCCCCCGACUCGUUGAGCUCCUGCACAUUUCUCAGAGCAGCAUCAUCCUUGCACCGGUGUUGCGACUACUAGGCAACAUUGUAUCUGCGGAGAUCUUGUUUUCUCAGGCUGUGAUUGACGCAAAGCUGCUCGAGGUGAUACCGAGCGUUAUGACUGCAACGAGUCGUGCCGUGCGCGAAGAAGCAUGCUGGAUGCUGUCGAACAUUGCUGGGGGGCAAGAGGAGCAGGUGGUUGCAAUGAUGAAUGCCCCUGGAGUUAUUGCUGGGUUGGUCGAGCAGAUGUCGUGGGCCGAGUACGGCGUGAAACGCGAGGCAACGUGGGCGCUAUGCAACAUUAUUGUGCGAGCUGAUAUGGACUUUGUCAAGAAAGUCGUGGACAUGGGCGUGUUGCGGUUGUUCUGCCCGCUUCUGGACGAGUGGGAAGACCCGUUGGUGGAGCUCGUCAUUCUCGAGGCAGUCGAGAGCUUGUUACAAAAGGAUUUAGAGGAAGGUCGUCUUGCAGUCGAGGAGAGCGGGUGUCUGGCCAAAAUAGAGGAGCUGUCUUACGACCGGAAUGACGAUGUUAGCAGCAUGGCGUCGCAGCUGAUCGAUACGUGGUUUGACAACGGAGACGACGAGACGGAUUUGACGCUAGGGCCAGCCGUGGUGGAAUCGGAGCAGACUGGUGGGACGCUUGAUUUCCAGUCAGUGCAAAGCGACGACGUACAGUUUGAUUUUAAUCGGAGUUAA